CUGCUCUGAGUGUGGGAAAAGAUUUGGCAUUAGUGAACAUCUGAAGACACACAUGAGAACUCAUACAGGAGAGAAACCUUUCAGCUGCUCCUUUUGUAAGAAAUCUUUUACACAGAAUGGAAAUUUACAGAAACACAUGAGAACUCAUACAGGAGAGAAACCAUUCAGCUGCUCAGUGUGUGGUAAAGCUUUUAGUGAAAGUGGAGAUCUGAAGAUACACAUGAGAACUCAUACAGGAGAGAAACCGUUUAGCUGCUCAGUUUGUAUGAAAUCUUUUACACAGGGUGGAACUUUACAGAAACAUAUGAGAAUCCACACAGGAGAUAAACCGUUUAGCUGCUCAGUUUGUACAAAGUCUUUUACACAGGGUGGAACUUUACAGAAACACAUGAAAAUCCACACAGGAGAGAAACCAUUCAAUUGCUCAGUUUGUGGUCAAAGAUUUUCGCAAAAAGCAUAUCUGAAGAGUCACAUGAUAACUCACACAGAAGAGAAACCCUUUAUUUGUUCAGUUUGUGGUAAACAAUUUAAAAUAAGAGCAACCAUGAGACGGCAUAUGACAAUCCACAUAGGAGAGAAAAAAUAG